CUCGGUACGCCCGUCAUCACAGGCACACUCAUUCUGCCAGUGUGUGGAAAGAGAAGGUUCUGGAGUGAGCUUCUCCCCGGAGAUCUAAUACCCCCUGCCUGAUCGGCUGCAUCGCUCAGCACUUUCCAGGUCUAAUCUGUCUUUACUGUUGUGUCGUGUUACAUUCUUUGGAUCACGACCCAACAUCUCCAGGCUCUCCACUGUCAAUCCUUCACUGCGUCGGUGGACGACUAGCGUUGUGUUUAUGUCUUUAUUUUACGAAAACGAGCUGUUGCGCAGCUGUUGGAAAGCGAGCGGAGGAAACCUAGUCCACGAGCAAGGAGUUUGCAGCCACUGUGGCAAGACCUUUUUCAUGUCAGAGACCGAGCACACUUGCAGUUGUUUAUGUCAUCCCCUCUUCUCCAGACAGAAAAUUCCCAAAAAAUCCCACUCAAGAUCAUUUUAUCUUGCUGAUAGUGCUUCCGAUCACUCAAAAUGUCUGUCAACGUCAACCGCAAUGUGUCGGACCAGUUCUACCGCUACAAGAUGCCCCGUUUGAUUGCCAAGGUGGAAGGCAAAGGGAAUGGAAUCAAGACGGUCAUUGUCAACAUGGUUGAUGUUGCAAAGGCAUUGAAUAGGCCACCAACCUACCCAACAAAGUUUUUCGGCUGCGAGUUGGGGGCACAGACUCAGUUUGACGCAAAGAAUGACCGCUACAUCGUAAACGGAUCCCAUGAAGCCAACAAACUUCAGGACAUGCUGGAUAUAUUCAUCCGCAAGUUUGUGCUGUGCUCCGAGUGUGACAAUCCCGAGACUGACCUGCAUGUUAACGCAAAAAAGCAGACGAUCGGAAGCGCCUGCAAGGCGUGUGGUCAUCGGGGAAUGCUGGACCUUCGCCAUAAGCUCUGCACAUUCAUUCUCAAAAACCCACCUGAGAGUGAAAACAGCUGUGUGAAAGAGAAAAAGGAGAAAGAUAAGAAAAACAGAAAGAAGGAUAAGGAGAAUGGCUCAGGAAGUGGUGAGGCUGGGAACCAUAACGACAUUGAUGCACCAGAUGCUGUGGACGGCGAAGAUGAUGACGAUGACUGGGCAGAGGAAACCACUGAGGAGGCCCAGCGGCGGCGCAUGGAGGAGAUCAGCGACCAUGCUAAGAACCUGACCCUCAGCGAGGACCUGGAGAAAACCCUAGAGGAGAGGGUCAACAUGUUCUACAACUUUGUCAAACAAAAGAAGGAACGUGGCACAAUAGACUCUGCCGAUAAGGAUAUUCUGGCUGAAGCUGAACGGUUGGAUGUGAGAGCCAUGGGGCCGCUUAUCUUGAGCGAACUGCUUUUUGAUGUGAAUAUCAGAGACCAGGUCAAAAAAUACAAACGCCAUUUCCUACGGUUUUGCCACAAUGAUAAGAAAGCUCAGAAGUAUCUGCUGGGAGGCUUUGAGUGUGUUGUGAAGCUUCAUCAGAGUCAGCUGCUGUCACGAGUGCCCAUCAUUCUCAAGGACCUCUAUGAUUCUGAUCUACUGGAUGAGGAUGUCAUCCUCACAUGGGCAGAGAAGGUAUCCAAGAAGUACGUUUCCAAAGAGUUGGCUAAAGAGAUCCAUGCCAAGGCUGCUCCCUUUGUCAAAUGGCUGAAGGAGGCAGAGGAGGAGAGUGAAGGGAGUGAAGAAGAGGAAGAGGAUGAAAAUGUUGAGGUUGUGUACUCGUCCUCGGCACGAGAGCUAAAGGUGGAGACCAUUAAGCCGGAGAAAGCAGAGGAGGAUGACGACCUUGACAUAGAUGCCAUUUAAAGAGAUGACAAAUGCAACGACAGCAGCCAUCUUGGAACUUUGCUACUUCCUGUUCUGUUGACAAAAUGGAUCACAGUGGCCUCCUGAUUAGUUUUUUCCACUUUCUCCUUAGUUAAACUUGCUUUGAGAAUGAUUUUAAUAAGCUCUUUCAUUAACUUGCUGCUGUGUAUUAAAACCUUUUGAGCUUUAUUGUCUGUUUUAAGCAGUUUUGUUGUAAGAUUGUUUUCAGUUUUGACUUGAUGUUGCUUGAACUUUCAUGGGUUUGCUUAUACUGCACAACUGAUUUUUUUUUUUUCUUGAAAUCACAAAAUAAAGUUUUUGCUAUGUCAAAUGGA